ACGGUGGCGUUUCAUUCAUAAAUACUUUUUUAGCUUUAAAAAGAACACAUUGAAGUGCUCACAGGAGUGUUUUGUGUUGCUGCCUUCGACCCCUCCACCUCCCGUAUGGACCAGGCUGGUCGAGUAGCCAUGCAGCGCUUUCGUCCCGUUACUCCGAGGCCAGCGGGCCGGUCCUGAGGGGGGAAGCACUGCUGCUCUGGCUCAGUCGGCUGAGGAUGCAGCAAGGGAGCUGAGGAGGAGAGUCCUGAGCUAUACAGCCUAACUCACUCACACACACACAUACACACACACACAAAUCCAGAGCUGCUGCUGCUGCUGCUGCUGCUGCUGCUGCUGCUGCGCUGCCCUCCAUCAGGGUAAGAUCACUGGGCUGGCAGAAAGCAGGAUGUGGUGCAGCAAUAUACUGCAAAGCAAACCAUUCUUUCUUAGAUGGCUUACAAGUGUAUGGAAGUCAGAUGGGAACUAGGUAACAGAUUAAAGCUUGUGUUGCUGAAGUUGAGUGCUGCAGUGAUUGACUGGCAAGCAAGAAGAGCUGAAUGCUGCUGGCAUGUUGCUUCUUCCUCGCUGGGGGGACUCUUUAGCUGGCUAGGACCAUGAGCAAUGAGUCUACCGUCUGGAACAUCCUACCAGAAAACUCCACAGAGAUCCCACUUGAGCCCGAGGAGCAGCCAGAUGGCCACGUGCUCCUCCUGGUGAUCCUCUCUGUCUUUCUGGUAGGAACGCUGGUCAGCAUCUCUGUCUUCCUCGUCGUUUGCCGCCGCCGCUGCUACCGAGGAGGGCGCUUCUGUGACAGGGCCGACGAUGACCCAGAGAAAACUGUCACUUAUGUGGAGGAGUCUCAACCCACCCAUGAAAUCACUAUCAGGGUGGAUGAGUCAGACUGCCUGUCCAUGGCCAGCUCUCACAACCAAGAGACAGAGCGCUUCCUGUCCACCGGCCCCACAGGCCGCCGUGUCUCCUUCAAUGAAGCUGCUCUCUUUGAUCAUGGCAAGAAAACCCAGGAGAAAGGCCGCAGGUACACUCUGACCGAAGGCGACUUCCACCACCUGAAGAACGCGCGGCUCACAAACCUCAACAUCCCCCCGCCGGCACUCAAAAUCGUCACAAUUCACGAGUGUGACUCGGCUGAAAACACCAUCACGUCAACGACCCGUCCUGUGGCUAAAUCAGCUCUUUCCAUAUUCCAGCCAAUGCUUUGCCCUCUGCCACAAACACCGCUGAUCAAUUUAAGCGUAAAUCCCAGCUGUGCCCUCCCCGGGGAUGCCCUGAAUUCUGUGGUUGACACCAACUUCUGUGAGAAAUCUGCAGCUCUCGGCUCAACGAAGCCGACCUCCAGCUCUAUCGAGAUGAUGCGAGCGAGGCCCCGGGACAGGGGCAGCAGUGUAGGAGAGGCAGCGCCGACGAUGGGUAACAGCGGUGCGGGCCCCACCGGUGGCAUCGUGGGAAGUCCGAGGCCCGUCCUGCAGUUUCUCACCAAACUUCGGCGCCAUGCUAGUCUGGAGGGGGCCAGCCCCUACUUCAAAAUAAAAAAGUGGAAGCUGGACAGCAGCCAGAGAGCAUCCAGCCUGGACACGAGAGGCUCUCCCAAGCGGAGGCAGUUCCAGCGCCAGCGAGCCGCCAGCGAGAGCAUGGACCAGGACGACAAUGACACUCACCACAUAGACCUCAUCCAGUACAUUGCCCGCACCCAGGAUGUCCCCUACUAUCAGAGCCAGCCCACCACACGCCUCCUGUCACCCCCAUCCACACCACCCCCCUCCCUCGGCAGGGUAGAGGUAGAGGUGGUGGUGGAGCCCAGCUGCAGCCGUGGAGGACCGGGGGUGAUUGGCUUGUCCCCUGAUCCGCAAGAAGAGAUCCUCUCUGUGGUGAGGACGGAAGGCGGCUACUCCCCAGACUCCUUCCAACCCCAGGAUUCACAGUCACUUUACCGAGACAUCUGGACACUACGCGCAUCGCUAGAACAGUACGCUGCCUCCGACCAGAGCAGCAACAACGACAGGAACUCGGUUUGCAGCGAUGCUGACAGUGUUUGUUCGCUGAGUGUACGCACAGACGCUGAAAAAGGAGGGCUUCCCAGUUACCCGUCCCAGGACCUGGGCGAUGAGGUGGAGGGUGGAGAGGAGGACAAGGACUUCUUUGCAUAUGCAGAUGAGAAGUUGGGUAUGCAAGAGUCACUAAAGAGAAAACAUGGUAGCACAGAAUCAGAGCGUGGGGGUAGUGAUGGAGAAUCGGGGACUCGUAAACUGUUACAGAUGGACAGCGGCUAUGCGUCAAUAGAGGCUCCGUCUCGAGGUCCGGAGGACCUGAGGCUGUUUAGCAGCAGCAGCAUCACCGACAGCCCUAAAGACAGAACUGCCCAUGAGAAAAGGCAUCAUUUCACCAAUGCGGGGCGAACGGGCACUAUCGGCGAGAGCUUCGAGUCUCACCUCUUCGAAGAAGAACCUGAAGAUGAGUUGUUGCUGGGUGCCAGUGGAGGAGUUCCCAUGGAGAUAGGUGCUAGCGCUUUAAGCUGGCUGCCAUAUGGUCAGAUGCUCAACCCUCGAGAGGCUGCACAGCCUCCAGCUCAACCAAUAACCCUUCAUCGGCGCGACUACAGCAUAGACGAGAAAACAGAUGCGCUCUUCCAUGAGUUCCUCCGCCACGAUCCUCAGUUUGACCUGCAGGAGUCGCCAAGAAAACACCGCUCCCGCAUUCACCUCCGUAAGCAGUGGCAGCGUCACAAACAGUGGAGUGACCCCGGAGUAAGACACUUCCAAACCUCCUUUGAAAGACACCGUGUCCCACUGCGGAGGGGAGAAAGCGUAAACUACCCCUUGGACACGAGCUACCACAGCACACUGCCCCGCAUCGUCAGCGCACCUGACGAGGAGACCAGCGACGGAACUGGCAGCACUCCUGACACCCCAAAGGUCGAGCCAACGUCUACUGAGUCUGAGUUGAGGAACAAGAAACUUCCGGUCACAGAUUCAGAGGAACGCACAUCCUCCUCUCUUCCACCUCUUCAGCCCUCAUUAUUUGAAAAAGAUGGAGGGCUGGUUGAGCAACUUGACACUCAGGAGGACAGCAAACAAUGCGGGCACCCUCCUGAGCCCCCGGACGAGCGCUCUCCUCCUCACCCGCCUAACUCCUCAGGUUACGGCCCUCAAACUAUCACAGCAGAGCUCACGGACAAGCUGACUUCUAUCCUGGACGAGAGGCUGUAUGCCGCCCUUCGCCGGACCAAGGACACACCCACCGAGUGUGUAACCGUAACAGCCGCACAUGCCUCCCCAGACCACAGCCCAGUGUAGCAGGGCUCCAGUCAUCGACAUUGUCAGCCUCACUUUUCCUCAUACACAAUUUGUAUUGGUUUUAGUUUGUGUUCUUUUGCGCAUGGCUUGAGUGGUAAAAUCUAGAGCCAUGAAUAAAACAUACAAAUUACACGUUGAACCAGUCCACAAAUUAAGCCUACAGACCAAGAGAUCUAAAAGAAAUGUACUCAAUGUUAAGCAUUUUGAAUGUGUUUCAUGUUCACAUCUUUGCAGCUUCCAAAUGAACAUGAUUGAUUGUGGAAAACAAAAGAUAAGCAGAGAAAAAUGUCAGAACAUCCCAGCUGCUUUACUGAUAACUGUAUCCUUUUCGGCCAUUUCUACGUUUGGAUUCAGUUUGUGUUGCCAAUUAUGUCUUUCCAGUUAGAAAACCUGAAGCUGGACGCAGGUUCAGCCUCUGCUCACUGAUCCACUGUGAAACCAGGUGCUAUUAGACAAAUGAAAAGCUCUCGAAUUGAGUACAACAGUUAGCUGCCAGUCAUAAUUAGCUGAACUAAAUGAAGGAUUAAAAUUUUAAUUAAUCUGUCAAGACCAUAUCAGACAAAUUAAUCUCCAUACUGGUAGAUUCUAUGUCACUUUAAACCUUGCGAGAAAAGGUUCAAACUGGUUGUGUAAAUCAACAAGCUUUACAACCUUCUCAGAGACGAGGCAAACUUCUUGUAAAAUGUAUUCUUUUGAAGGGAACCUAUUUAUAUUUCUCUUUGCUGAGUCCAUUCCGUAACUUUGUUGCUGAUUUCUUGUUUGCUUUAUUUUUCUUGUUUUACUUAAUGGGUACUUCUACGUUUUAGAACACCUGGAUUGCGUAAAGAACAAUUUAGAAACUGUGCGAGGUGUAUCCGUAGGAACUCGAUAAGCUCUUAGCACUUGGCGCAGCACUGACACCACGUGUCUCUGUCUUGGCAGGAAAAAAGCAGACCUUUUUGUUUACAGGUUUACAGCUAUCUUUUAGGCAGUUACGCAAGAACUACUGAACAUGAUGGGUAUUUAUUGUGAUAAAUCUUUCAAAACCACGCUAAGCUCUCAAAACAUGCGCUACCUUUCGGCAUACACUGAUCAUAACGUUGUGACCUCUGGCAGGUGGCGUGAAAGGAAAAACUUCAAAGUGUGGGAUUAAGACACUUUUUCACCAUCUCUUUGUGGUUUUGCGAAGUUGGCCAACCGUGGGCUCUCCCGUGGCUCACAAAGCGAGGUGUAGGCAGGGCCCAGCGUUAGAUGACUUCUGAAAGAAUAAGCAACUUUGCCUCUCCAGAAUAUAAAGAAGCAAUUAAAGCUGUGCUGCAAAGACACACUGAGUCCACCUUUAUGAAGUUUGGCGCUUAUGAUUUUUAGCCAUACGCACACAGGACAAGCUGCUCUGAAAUAUGGCUACAGAUAUAAAAAAAAUACAAAUAAAAAAAAAAUCACUGGACUUCAACAAAGUGUAGUGUUUUCAGGAACAGGUGUGGGAAAUAGAAAACACAUCACAGAUGUGAUUUUUUUUUUUUUACGUAUAAUGGUUGAUGAUCUCUCAAACCUUUAGUCGUUCCAAAAUUCUAGUAUGAGUUUUGAAAGCUCACGCAUGCAUGGACCAUUGAACGACUAGGGGAAUCCCAGAGAGAGCUUGGUCAAUGUGGAUUUACCAUGGAGCUUUUUUGCAAGGGAGGCUUCUGAUUAUAUCUUCAUCGUGACAUAUGUUACUGUAUGGAAAACAGGCAGUAAGUGAAGAGUUUGUUCCACCAACUGAUGGGUUGGAAAGAGUUUGAUCAGGGGGAAACUGGUGUGUUUUGAGAAAGGGGUCAUAGUAUUUCCAAACUUUUGUUCAGUGAGCAUCAGUAUCUGUCAAACGUGGUCCAAGGAGGUGAAUUGGCAAUGGGGAAGUAGCUCACAUUGGAGUGAAGGCCAGACUGUAUGAGCCGAACCAACAAACCUACCAAGGUAGAUCAUGUACAAUUUUUCAAAGACUUUAGCAACAGGACGUUUUGUGCUUCAUUUGGCCUCCAAAUUCCUUAGAUUUCUGAACAACCAAUACAUUGUAAAGCAGGUCGUCAUUUUAAACUUGAUCUGUACAUGCCGCUGUCCUUAUUGGGUUUCCUUUGUCUCCUGCUAAAAACAAAUCAAAACAACAACAAAAAAAAACUUUUUUCAAAAUUGACCUGAACAAAAAUCUAAUUGAUUUACUCCUUGUGUGCGAUUCCAGGAAACAGCAGCUACCAUUCAAGUAAAAUAAGAACAUUUUAUUAUUUAUUAGGAGUACAGUGAGGACGCACUACAGUACGUUAUUAAUCUUGAGCACCUUUGUCAGCUUGAUCAUAAACUGCUUGCGCUCAUAAAGUUUUCCUCAGAUGGGCUGUAGAAAUCCCUGCCUCUGUAAUGUGGAGCAAGGGGAUCACUGCAGACGACGGGGAUAAAUAUUAACAAUAAGAGGAGGAGGGAAGUCCUCCUUGCAUCCCCCAACAUCCUCUAAGGCUGUUGCCCUGCAGUAAAUGCAAAGGGCUCUUUCUCUAUUUAUUUGGGUGGAUGAUGAUGAUAAUACCUCUCUCCUGUCUGCCCAGAUUAUAUCUUCUCCUUCUGCAUGAAAAGAGUCUUCUUUUAUUGCAAAGUGGGCAAGAGCUGAAUUCCUUCCCUGACAGAGAUGAAAGAACGUGAAUGCAAAUAGGAGAGACCGGAGAGCCUUAUGAUUGCUGCUCUUUCCUUUCAUUCACGCCACAUGCAUAUUGAACCAUUACGGCCCAAAUAUUUGAUGUCAUCAGCAAGAGGGUAAUACGAUACACCAGCAGGAUAAAAGGUUUCUUGUGAAACAGAAGGACAACUGCUUUCCCUGCACAUCGAAAGCCUGAAACAUCUGCGACAACAACAGUUUAGAAACCACAGAGAAAAUGGCCAUAUUUAUUAAGUGGAAUAGUGCAGAUGUAAAAUAAGAUAUAUAUGUAAUACAGUUUGCCGUGCAUUCCAGCACAAUAUCGCAAGAGCUAGACUAAAUCAAUGUUCUUCAUUAGAUUUAGACUGAUAACUGUAAAAGUGAAGUAAACGGUGUUUGUAUACAAUCAGUAGCCUGUCAAAUGCAUUGGUGCCAUAGCCACAUGUAGGACUGCAUGAGAGUUCACAUUUAAAAACAGAAUCUUUAUCCUUUCUCAGAUUUAUGGUAAAAUAAAAAAAUAAUCAAGUCCAUAAUUUAUAAUUAUUUGUUAAAAGGCAGAGACAUUUUGUAUGUUAGGGAAUUCACUUUUAAACAGUCAGACUCAAACAGUGUAACCCCAUUAGAUUUUGUGCAAUUUUUCUUAAAAAAAAAAAAAAAAAAAAGUAAAUCUGUAUUAUUUACUUGUUUGUGAACUUAAUUUCUUUUGGGGAAGAAAUGUGAUGAGCUUUCAUAGCAACUUAGCUACUGUUGAGUCGAACCUAUUUAACCUUAAGGGACCAAAUUGUUUGGAAAAAAAAAAAAAAGAAAAGUGUUAUUUUAGGCUUGUUUUACAAUCUGUCAAUAAAAGAAUGAAGCGAA